AUGUUGGCUGGAGGCCGUCACUCGACAGUGGAGGCAAGUAAUCCAGGGAGGGGUGGUACAGGCAGAGGACUAAGUGGAAGCGAUGAGGGACAUCGCGAGCUCAAAAGGACUCGCUAUGUCUCUGGCAGAGUCACCGCCCCAGAUGCGGAACUCAAUGCCAUCUCGUGUGCAGUACGCCUUCCUGUUAAGCAGGCAAACUGCCAACAUAUUAUGGUCUUUACUGACUCUAUGGGCUCAGCCCAUAGAGCGGUUGACCCCGGCGUGCAUUCUGGUCAGGCUUUUAGCCUGUCAGUCUGUCGCGCUCUUCAAGAGUGGUUUGAGGCGGAUGAUCUCCGCCGCAUCACCUUUGUCUACGUUCCCUCCACGCUGCGGUGGGAUAUCCAUGGUGAAGCACACAAAUACGUCACCAAGCUCAAAGUCAGGGCUGGACGUCUCCUGGAUUCGUGGAGCUCCACUUUCCAGGAUCCAACUUACCGAGGCUCUGAAUUCUUAGAGCUUCAACAGCCUGACGGGCGGCCGCUACAGCCAUCAUACCUCAAUGGGGGACCUUGGCUUUCAACCUUCGGACACAGUAUUACUGAGUUCGCCCGCGUUUGCUGGUGUAUAACUGGCCACGCGCCCAUUGGAGCGUAUUAUCGUCGCUUCAAGAUCAACGAGCCUCAUGGUUGCACUUGCGGGGCUGCUCUACAGUCUCGCCAGCAUAUUCUCCUUCGCUGUCGCGAUCGCUACUCCGUGCAUUACCCCCGCUUUCUUGGGGAUAUUGCAUCUUUUAUGAAGUACAACCCCACGGCGUUUGGCUUCAACCGAGACCCCUCGGGUGUCGGAUAA